UUUACACCUUCCACGAAAAACAAUACAGAUAAAUUUAAAUUUAAUUUGUUUUUCUCAAAUAGCGUUGGCGAAAUUUUGCUAUAAAACCACGAUGUCCCGCAGCAUGCCUUCAGAAUCAUCUCCGAGCAUUAGAACAGUCUUGAUCUGCAAGGCAAAGAAAAGUCGACGCUACUCCGGAUCCAAGUCAUGAAGCUGCUGUUGUUGUUGAUUGUGAUCGUUCCAGUCACUCUUAGUUUAAGUCCUGGAGGCGUGGUGCCCAUCGAUGUGACGGGAAUGGACACUCUAGCAGCCGCCAACGAGGCUCUGACGCUGUUGAAUUCAAAAGAAAACACAGAAAGACAGCUGAACAAGAUCUUAAGCGCAAGUGUACAGGUUGUUGACGGUCUGAAGUAUGUGUUUACUGUUGACGUGAAAACUGGAGACAGAGACGAGAUCUGUCGCCUGACCAUCGUGAAACAGGCGUGGUUGAAUUUCUCCAGACUCACACACAGCGAGUGCAAGGCCAGACAAGUCGUCGCUGUUGAAGCUGCUGACAGUGCUGUGGUUGGCGGAGCUAAGUCUGUUGACACGACCAGGGAAGAUGUCGUCGCCAUGGCUGAAAAUGCUCUCAGCAAACUAAAUGCUAAAGAAGACACAUCAAGAACCUUGAACAAAAUCGUCUCUGCCAAAAUACAAGUUGUGGCUGGGAUAAAAUACGUAUUUACUACUGACGUUCAAAACGGAAACGUGAACGAGGUUUGUCAACUUACUAUCUUGGUAAAAGCAUGGCUGUCUGAGAUAACGUUAACGGAUCAUCAGUGUGGACCCAAAACAAGGAGGUCUGUGAUUGGUGGAUUGGAAGCGGUGCACAUUAAUGAUGUGGGCUUACAGAAAUCCAUUGAGUUCGCAGUUCACACACUGAACGCAAAAUCAAAUUCUCUUCACAUGAGCGUACCAAUGGCUAUUUCUAACAUCAAACAACAGAUUGUGGCAGGUGUUAAAUACGAAUUUACAAUGAAGUUAGUGGAAUCUACAUGCAACAAAGAAGUCGCCAUUUCGCUGACGUCUUGUCCGCAACUUGCUAAUGGACUGACCCAGACGUGUGACGUGCAGGUAUUGUUCCAGGCGUGGACUCCCACACAGUUCACGCUUCUUCAAGACAAGUGUACGGCACUCUAGACUGACUGAUGUUCGUCCACUUGUUGACAUCUAAUGCUGAUUCGUUGAGGGAUUAUUUAGUUCAUCCGGAACAAGGAAUGUCCACAAAGCAUUCAUUAAUUAUUAAUUACACAAUGUUUCUGGUGCUUCAAUCUCCUAUUUUGUACUUAUUUUAUUGUAUAUACAUUGUAUUAAAAUAUGUCAGUAUA